AUGAGCUAUUACAACCAGCAACAGCCUCCUGUUGGUGUUCCUCCACCUCAAGGUUAUCCACCGGAAGGAUAUCCCAAGGAUGCUUAUCCACCGGCGGGAUAUCCCCCUCAGGGAUAUCCUCAACAGGGAUACCCUCCACCUCAGGGCUACCCCCAACAGUACCCUCCUCCCUAUGCCCCUCAGUAUGCCCAGCCUCCCCCUCAACAACAAAGCAGUAGCACUGGCUGUAUGGAGGGCUGCCGAGUUUGGUGCGAGUCAACUCGGUCGUUGAGACUUAACAGUCAAACAUGUUUUGCACGCUUCCCUAGAAAGAUAGUUUGGCUGCUCUGUGCUGUUGCUGUCUGCUGGAUGCUUGCUUUUGAAGGGAGCUGUGGAUCAAACAUGAAAUUGAAGCCUAUUUGA